GAGAUUGCCUCGUCAGUGUCGCACAGCCUGUGUAGCCCCGCCGCUACUCCGCGCCGUGGCGCUACUCCCGUCCCACCGCUACCCCGCCCCUCCGCGGCGCUACCCCGGGCGGCUGACUCCGGCUCCCCAGCCUGACCAUGGAGUGCGUCAUCUGCGCCGAGAACUUCGACGCCACCGACCGGAUGCCCAAGGUCCUCGUGCCGUGCGGGCAUACUGCCUGCCUGCGGUGUCUAGGGCUGCUGCCCGACAGCAGGUGCCCGACGUGCCGCCUGGACUUCAACGGCCCGCCGACGGAACUCCCCACCAACUUUACAGUUCUGCAGUUGCUGGAGGGAGUCAGGCUGGAGAGCACUCCCAGGCACGCCGAGGACCCCGCCAAGAAGAUCCUGCGGCUCCUGCUGGCCGUGGCCCUCACUGAG